CCUUUUAUGUCCUGUCAGAUGACUGGAAGAGCACAACCUGCAAAGGAUAGCCCAAAAGAAGGAUGACAAAGUUUAUGACGGUGUUGCGCAAUUGUGUCAGAUAGCAGUGCACUCAUAUUUACCCUUGGUAAGGUUAUUCCAACGUGAUUAGGUGGGCCACGUUUGAGAUUGGAUUCAGGAUGGCAGGGAGGCACUAUGAUCAUAAUCUGAGGAAGGAAGACAUUGAUCCCAGUGGAGUAUCCUGAGGGGGGGAAAGUAAGAGCUGGUGCUCCACUAACUGUGAUGAAGAGACAGAGAUCCUGCGGGGACAGGGAGCUCCUGGGAGGCAACACAGACGACAACACAGACCACAGUGAACAAGAUGAGUCCUCGUCUCUGAGGUCGUCUUGGUCCCUGCCCAGCAGUUAGCCCCCCCUCUCUGAUGUUGCUCAUGUGGGACAGCGGCCAGUGACAGGGUAACAGUGGCACUCUGGCAGUCUGUAUCCAGGUCAGGUGAUAACAGACACCACAGGGCAGGCAGGCAGACAUAAAGGGAGCUGAGCAAUAAAAGCAAAAGACAAAUGAGACUGUGCGACUGUCCAGAAGAACAAACUUAAAAGAAGAGACAACAGCGGACACCAUGAACUACGUGGGGCAGCUGGCAGGUCAGGUGCUGGUAACCGUCAAAGAACUGUAUAAGGGCAUUAAUCAGGCCACGUUGUCAGGCUGCAUUGAUGUUGUGGUUGUCCGCCAGAGAGAUGGCACCUACCAGUGCUCACCGUUCCAUGUGCGCUUUGGCAAACUGGGGGUACUACGCUCCAAAGAGAAAGUGAUUGACAUCGAAGUGAAUGGAGAGCCAGUAGAGCUGCACAUGAAGCUUGGAGACAACGGGGAGGCCUUUUUUGUCCAGGAAUCUGAGCAACUGAAUAUUGUCCCCGCACACCUGGCCACCUCCCCAAUUCCCACUGAGAGUCACCUGUUCUGGAUCUCAGAGGUUGAGCACAGGGCACCAACAGAUCUGGAGGAUGACCUGGCUGACCCAGAGGACCCGCCCGAGCCUCCUGCUCCGAGCACCGCGUCCACAAAAAAGAAGAAGAAACGGAGGAAGAAGCACAAAGGAGACCCCCGAAGAGAGGAGCUGACCCCGCCCAUGUCAGUCACCGCUGGUAACGCUAUUGCUGCUAACGCACCUGCUGCUACGAAUGUUGCUAUGUCCAGCACUGUGCAAAACGAGGAGAUCUUUGAGAUGGACAUGAGUUCUGACGAGGAAGCUGCAGCACAUGUCUCACGAUCACCAUCAGUGUCCACAAUGCGAGACAUUGACCCCAAAUUACCUGCAGCCAGACACAACAUUGAUGGCUAUCCACUGUCUGAUGGGGACUGGCCGUCGAAUGACAGUCAUGGCUUGUCUCAGGCCUUUUCUCCAAAGAGUGACUCUGAACUGUUGGUCAGGCCCUCGGAGAGUAUGCUCAGAGCUGAGUCCCACAUGCAGUGGACCUGGGGGGAGUUUCCAGAAACAACCAGGGUCCCCAAAAAAGAGAGAACAGAACUACUAAAAACAGUGACCAUCACCCCAUCAGAGAGCACUCACUUCCGCGUCAUCCUCAGCUCUGAGGCCAUGGAGAACGACGCUGAGAUUGAAAGGGGAGAUGGUGACUCCUCCUCAAUGUGUACCAUUGUCAAGCCCGAGCCACGCACCCCCAUCACCACUGGGUCACCUGUGAUUCCGCUCGAAUCUAUCGGCACCUUAACCUCUGUGAGUCCUUCGACCCCCACAGAGCCCCUGGAUGUACUGCCUCCCAAUGUGGCGACCUCAACCCCUUUCAACAGCCAACAGAGCGAUUCACCCUCUAAGAAGAAAGGUGUCCCAAAGAGGAGCCAGCAUCAGGGUCCUGAGGAUAUCUACCUAGAUGACCUGAAUGUACUUGAACCUGAUGUUGCUGCACGAUAUUUCCCUAAGAGUGAGUCUGAGGCAGCGACAAAGCUCUGGAUGGACUCGGAGAUGCACUCCGGCUCACAGUCUCCACAGUCGGUGGGCAGUGCAGCAGCUGACAGCGGAACAGAGUGUCUUUCUGACUCAGCGAGUGACCUCCCCGACGUCACUCUUUCUCUGUGUGGAGGCCUCACAGAAAACGCUGAAAUAUCCAAAGAAAGGUUCAUGGAGCAUAUCAUCACCUAUCAAGAAUUUGCUGAAAACCCAGCAAUUAUAGAUAACCCUAACCUGGUAGUAAAAAUAGGAAAUAGAUAUUAUAACUGGACACUCGCUGCACCCUUGAUUCUGAGUCUACAAGCAUUUCAGAAGAACUUACCAAAGGCUACAGAGGAGGCCUGGAUGAAGGAGAAAAUGCCAAAGAAGUCCGGUCGCUGGUGGUUCUGGCGAAAAAGGGCAGAUAGUUCAAUCAAGCAGUCGGAGACGAAGCUUGAAGCCAAGGAGGACUCUCAUCUGGAGGAGGAAGAACCCUCCAUUUCUCAGGAGAAACUGCCCAAGCCACCUAAAGCAGGAGACUCCUCCAGUGAUGAAGAGGCCAAGGAAGUGAGCGCUGCAUCCUGUCAGGAGAGACUGCAGCCAGUAGAUGGUCAGCACCACCCAAGCCCAACCACUUACAGGAAGUCACUACGCCUCUCCUCGGAUCAGAUAGCCAGUCUGAAACUGAAGGAGGGACCUAAUGAUGUGACAUUCAGCAUCACUACCCAAUACCAGGGCACAUGCCGCUGCGAGGGCACCAUCUACCUGUGGAACUGGGACGACAAAGUCAUUAUCUCGGACAUUGAUGGCACCAUCACCAAGUCAGACGUGUUUGGACAGAUCUUGCCACAGUUGGGGAAGGACUGGACUCACCAGGGCAUUGCUAAGCUCUACCACUCAGUAGCUGAGAACGGCUACAAGUUCUUGUACUGCUCAGCACGAGCUAUUGGCAUGGCAGACAUGACACGAGGCUACCUGCAGUGGGUCAAUGAUGGAGGCACCAUUCUACCCCGGGGACCUCUCAUGCUGUCUCCCAGCAGCCUCUUCUCUGCCUUCCACAGGGAGGUCAUUGAGAAGAAACCAGAGAUCUUCAAGAUUGAAUGCCUUACAGAUAUCAAGAACCUGUUCCAGCAUAACAAGCAGCCAUUCCACGCCGCCUUUGGGAAUAGAGCUAAUGAUGUGUUUGCCUAUAAGGAGGUGGGAGUUCCAGUGUGCAGGAUCUUCACAGUCAACCCCAAGGGAGAGCUGAUCCAGGAGCAGACCAAGGGCAACAAGUCCUCUUACAGCAGGCUCAGUGAGCUGGUGGAGCAUGUGUUCCCUCUGUUGAGUAAAGAGCAGAACGAGGCCUUUGUCUUGCCAGAGUACAGUUCUUUCUGUUACUGGAGACAGCCCAUACCAGACAUCGACCCUGAGGAACUGGUCUAAUCCAGCACAUGUGGAUACCCAGGUGCUCGUAUACAUGCACUUUGACUGAACACAUCUCAAGGAGACCCGUGGACUGAAACACAAACUCUCCUGCAUCGUACUCGGACACGCACACGCAGUAACAGGGUUAUGACCAUAAACACACACAAAAAGCUGGUAAACGAUAAUUACCCGUUAGAGAUGAGUGGAAGUUAUCUCCAGAACAGUAAAUCCUGAUGAAUACUCCCUGAAAACUUUCAUCCAUUUGCAGACGAGAGACUAAUCAACGAAAUGAUCAUCUUUCCUCACGCUUGAGAAGGCGUCCUAACCCAGUGAGCACUCUGUAGUCCCCGUCAAAGUACAGGGAUAAAGAUCUGAGACAAGUCUUUCCUCUCUGUAGCUUCUAGCAAACAGGAUGAUCUGCCUUUGCCAUCAGGGACGUGACUGAAGCCCCACACGAGGCAUUCGCCUUUAGCACUAGAGUCUGCGCGGUGCAGAAGGAAGAGACAUUUUUCUUGAAUCAAGUUUUUUCACAUUUCCUGAACGCCCUGAAGAAGUGAAAUUAAAUGUUCAAAGCAAAAACAAAGACGCACAGGGUAGGCAACUACCACCGGCCACUAGUCAUAUGCUGGUAAUAUUUUGCUGUGGCUGCUAUGUUUGCCUCGACACAGGUCUCCGGUCGUUGUUCUGUUGUAAAACAUUAAGGAAGUAGUGAUGGUGGCUGGCAAAUCACUGCUACACCACCUGUGAACCCAGCCUGGUCUCCAAAAAGGUUACGUUCCCAUACAUUGAAACUACAUCGUCAAUUCCCCGAGCAAUGUAAUUGACGAUGCUGUUUAGUUGCACGGGAAUGUGAAUGUGUAGGAGACGGGGGGGGGGGGUCGUAUGAGCCAAACACGGCAGUUGGUUUCCAAGAAGCUCCUGCAGGUGUGCAGUUUAGUUCCCGACCGACUGUGUGCUCGUCAGUUCACCGCUGCUGCAGCAGAUUUCAGAUCGCCACUUUUCCACUGGAGCGCUUACGACGUUUGAACUGUCAUGUUUGUUACCGUUAAUAUUCAAGGUCAUACCAGGGGUACACUUUUUGCCAACAAGUAUGUAAAGAUACACAUUUACAUGUGACUUAAAAAACAGAAGGAAGGAGCUUCAUGGUAUUUUGUUUAGCUGUUAUUUUAAUAAGUUUAUUCUGUUCUACAAGCUCUGGCGACUCAAUUGUGUUUUGUUAACAACGCAGUCAUUAUUUAUGAUAAUUGGUAUGUUUUAAGUUAUUGAUUUCUAUUGUGAUGCCUUUGCUUGUCUGAAAAAGUAAUUUAUCACCAAUGCAACGUGGAAAUAUUUCAAAUUGGUAUUUUGUAUGGUUGGUCAUUGGUUAACAUGCAAUUAACAGUAACUAGGCCUUGUACGAUUCUUUUUUCUUGUUUUUCUGCAACAAUCUGUAUUUCUUGUUUUACAGUGAAACUUCCAACAUGUAAGGUACACACACAUUCCUCAGUACAUCUCAGAAUCUGCAGCUUUGGUAUUAAAAUAUGUGUGUAUAUGUAAAAGAUAACGCUUGAGUUGGAAUAAUCUGUAGAGGGUUUAACAUGAAGGAUUUUCAGUUUGCAAUGUCCUCUGUAGGAUGGUUUUGGGAAGAUGGGUGUGUGUAUGUGUAUGUGUGUGUGUGUGUGUGCAUGCAUUCCUAAUCACUGAUUACUGCUGCUGUUUGGAUGACUGACAUGAUGCAUUCACCCUUUGUUCCCUCUGUGGCUUUACUGAGACUUAUCCAGCGCACUCUGUCUAAGCUGCACCCACAGACUCUGAACCCCUCUCAUCCACAUGCACAGACGCUAGACUUUCAGCUUUUCUGAAAUAUGUCCGUAUAAGAAAUAGUUUGAAGGGGAUUUGUAGGUUCCUAUGCAAAAUGUGGGGAUUAAAAACAAAAUAAUGUUCAUUUUGGGGAGCUGGGCAAAGCGUGUGGAUGAGUGCGUGCGUGCGUUAGAGCGGCAACAAUUAGUGGACUCGUCAAUUUGGCAAUCGACAGAAAAAUAAUCGCAGACUAUUUUGAUUACUUCAUCGUUUUAGUAGUUUUUCAUUAAUAAAUGUCAGAAAAUGCUGUUUUCCAUCAAAUAUGGAGACUUUCUUUGUUUUAUAUUAUAUUGAACUGAUAAAACAAGACAUUUAAAGAAGUCACUUUGAAUUAUGAGGAACUAGAAUUUACAUGUUUCAGUAUUUUCUGACAUAAAAAAAAUUCUGAUUCAUCAAUUAUACAAAUGUGUGUGUGAGAGAGUGUGUGAGUGAGUGAGUCUUGUUUGGAGAUAAACAGGAAAUACUUGAGGAAGCUUUUUGAAAGGGCUUCACUGGCAUUAUGUGUGUUGUGUUGUAGGAAAAGAGACAUGAUAGUUUGUGCUGCUGAGGAUUCAAAUCAGAAAAGAUUCGGACACGACAACCAUUCAUUGAAGAAAAAAAAAAAAAAAAGCACAACUUACGAUCAUGGCUACUUCCAGAUUGUCAUUAUUACGUUGAAGUGUUUUCACUUUGGAGCUCAGAUGUUUUUGUGAUGAUUUAAAAUGCGUGUUUUGAUUUAUUUACUUUGAAGUCAAAUAGAUAUAUAUCUUAUGAUUAACAAAAUGAAUUCCAUUCUUUCUAUGAAAGUGAAGCAUCUCGUGUGGAAUAAUCACACUUCCUCCUCUAUGAUCCUGCGAUACGUGGUAUAAAUAAUAUUGUUUGUUUUCACUCGACUGCUGUGGAAAAUUCUCCAGUUUAUAUGCCGAUCAACACAUUCUUCUGUCUUUGAUGCCUUUUUGUUGUUGUAUUAUUUCUUAUAAAGAGUCUGAUCUUUUGUGGGUCUGUUUGUUUCUUUCCGUUUGGAGGUAACGCUUGCUAUUUUGAUUGUGUAUGACCAACAGAAAUACCUUAAGUGUAUGCUGUGUUUGAUUUGUAUAGAAAUGUGGUUUUUGAAGUAUGUUUAAAGAACAAAAUACAUUGUAAGAAGAUAAAAGAAAUACAGGCCUAAUGAAGCUAACAAGGUGUGGCUUGUGGUCAUAUUUGUAUUAAAUAAAGUUUCUAACUGAA